AGCAAAUUAAUUGUGUUCCACAACAAAGGCAUAAAAGCUGGAUAAGAAUCUUGUUUCACUGGUAGAAAUUAGAGCUCUGGAAAUCACUCUAAGGUUCACUGGGCAGAACCUUCACGGAAUUAAAGCUCUAGUAUCUCUAGAUUGUAUCUUAUUCUUUCUCAAAUGGGAAAAACAGCCUAGGGUUAAUCUAAAACAGAACUACGUUAAGCUAAAAUGACAGAGUUUAUUACAGUCCCCCCAAUAUUAAAGAGAGCUCUUAAGAAUAUAACUUGAAUAAGGGUCACGAACUGGUUUAACAUACUUAACUAGUGAUUUUAUGAGUUAUAAUGAAUGCUGCUACUCUCUAAAAAUGAAUGUAUCAAAGAUGAAAUAACCUCCUUGGCACGCUUACAGCUAUACAACACAUUUGUUUCAUUGCUUUCAAGCACCAGUGCUGGAGGCUCAGAAUAAGUCAAUGGGAGGAGGACUUCAGUCACAGCAGCAUCUGGUCUACUGAGCAGAUAAGAUGACAUGCUUGGGAGAGUAAAGAGCAAGCAAGAGGUAAGUAUUUAACAAAUAAAUAUAGAGGUGAUCUAAAGAGUUUUCUUUUUUACUUUCUUCACAAACUCUGCUACCAUAAUCUUUUAUUUCUAUUCAGUGGUUAAAAAAACCAAAAUGAAAAAUUUACAAAUGUUAAAGGGGAGAUUUUUAACGUGGGAUUUGUAGAUUUUAUGAAUAAAUGAUUUAAUCUUCCUCUCAGCUUCCCCUCCUUCCCUCGGAAACUGGGAAGGUUAAGAAAAAAAUUACUACUUAAAACCAAAAAAGAACUGGUUCAAAUUUGGCAUAAAGCGAUAAACAUAAAGUGAUAAAUUUGGAAAAUAUUUGUUGCAGAAACAUGCUUUCUUCGAAGGAUGAAAUAAGUAAAAACAAGUAUCUGGAUUCUAGUAAUACGUAUUUUCUCCCCUUCUUUCAAACUAAAGGAGUUAUAAAAUGUUUUACAAAAAUGGCAUUUAUAUCAGUAUUAAAAUAAACCUGCUCAGACAAAACCCAAUUACAAAUAAGGAUUCCUAGCUGGUAAAUCAUUUAUUUAUACGUUAGGGGGGCUUGGAGUGUUUCUAGGUAGAUGGCCAGUGUGUAUGAAAAGUUCUAUUCAGAACUAUUUGGUGCUCUGAUGUUUCUAAUCUUCUGUACAUAUUCUAAAGUAAAGGUAAAAAGACAUUCAAGGGUCAGGAAACACCUAGGUUUUUAUUAUACCACUGAAAAAAUUAAUAUAUCUCGUUUCAUUAAUUGGAGCAUACCAGGCAUACGUUUAUGAGGAUUGGCUGCAUUGUCACAAAUGCACAAGAGACCCAUUGAGAAGGGAGGGGCUACUAAUAAAUUCAACUUUUUAAACUGGGUUUUGAAAAUAAAGAAAUAAAAUAAUGCAAUUGACAUAUUUUUAUAUCUAGGGGAAGCUCUCUGGCAUUCAAAUUCAAACUCGACUCCACCACUACAAGAAAAAAAAAGAGGGAGAGAGAGAAACCAAAAAUAUAGUCUUUUUUUCACAGCUAUCAGUUUCUUUCACUAAGCCUUCGGAAACCGGAACCUCUGCAGAAUACUAAACACUCGGGCCUUACCUACAGACAUGGACAAAUGUAUGUAUGCUCUCAUUUUAUAGAACUUGAAAUUCUUUUUUUAAGGAAGGAGUCAACUUUGGCCUUGAGUAUUUGGCAUGGGUACAAAGGCUUAAAAAUGCAGAUGACCAGCUUAGCUACUGACCAUGCUGACCACUGUCUGGAAUCGGAAAAAAUUAAAGAAAAACAAUGAAUGGCUCUCUCUUAUAGAAUAUUCGAACGACGCACAAUUCCUGAGCACAUUUUGCAGAGCUCAUUUGACCAUUUAAUCUCUUCUAACUGGUCUGGAUUACAGACAGAAUCGAUACCAGACGAAAUGAAACAGAUUGUUGAGGAACAGGGAAAUAAGCUGCACUGGGCAGCUCUUCUGAUACUCAUGGUGAUAAUACCCACAAUUGGUGGAAACAUCCUCGUUAUUCUGGCUGUUGCACUGGAGAAAAAGUUACAGUAUGCUACCAAUUAUUUCCUAAUGUCCCUGGCAGUGGCUGAUUUGCUGGUUGGAUUAUUUGUGAUGCCGAUUGCCCUCUUGACAAUAAUGUUUGAGGCUAUGUGGCCCCUCCCACUCGUUCUAUGCCCUGCCUGGUUAUUUCUUGACGUUCUUUUUUCUACUGCAUCCAUCAUGCAUCUCUGCGCCAUUUCAGUGGAUCGUUACAUAGCCAUCAAAAAGCCAAUCCAGGCCAAUCAAUAUAACUCACGAGCUACAGCAUUCAUCAAGAUUACAGUGGUGUGGUUAAUUUCAAUAGGCAUUGCCAUUCCAAUCCCUAUUAAAGGUAUAGACACUGAUGUGGGUAACCCAAACAACAUCACUUGUGGGCUGACAAAGGAUCGUUUUGGCAAUUUCAUGCUCUUUGGCUCACUGGCUUCCUUCUUUACACCUCUGGCGAUCAUGAUUGUCACCUACUUUCUCACUAUCCAUGCUUUACAGAAGAAAGCUUACUUGGUCAAAAACAAGCCACCUCAACGCCUAAUGUGGUUGACUGUGUCCACAGUUUUCCAAAGGGAUGAAACACCUUGCUCAACACCAGAAAAAGUGGCAAUGCUGGAUGGUUCUCACAAGGACAAAACCCUGCCUAAUGCAAGUGAUAACAUACUUAUGCGAAGAACGUCCACAGUAGGAAAAAAGUCAGUGCAUACCAUUUCCAAUGAACAGAGAGCCUCAAAGGUUCUAGGGAUUGUGUUUUUCCUCUUUUUGCUUAUGUGGUGCCCCUUUUUUAUUACAAAUAUAACUUUAGCUUUAUGUGAUUCCUGCAACCAGACGACUCUCAAAAUGCUCCUGGAGAUAUUUGUGUGGAUAGGCUAUGUUUCCUCAGGGGUGAAUCCUCUGGUCUACACCCUCUUCAACAAGACAUUUCGGGAUGCAUUUGGCCGGUACAUCACCUGCAAUUACUGGGCCACAAAAUCAGUAAAAACUCUCAGAAAAUGCUCCGGUAAUGUGUACUUCCAGAAUCCAAUGGCAGAGAACUCUAAAUAUUUUAUGAAACAUAGAAUGCGAAAUGGCAUUAAUCCUGCCAUGUACCAGAGUCCAAUGAGGCUCCGAAGUUCAACCAUUCAGUUUUCAUCAAUCAUUUUACUAGAUACACUUCUCACCGAAAAUGAAGGUGACAAAACUGAAGAGCAAAUCAGUUAUGUAUAGAGUAAUGGCACAGUUUUUAUGUAACUAAUACAAUGAUGAGUAAGAUAAAGAAGAUAUAAAUAUACCAAGAAUUACAUAAAAAAUUACAUCAUGUAUCAAAAAUCAUCUCUUUAAAUUAAGAAUUAUGUAUUAAGAUUACCCAAUUUUAUUUGGGCAA